AUGACACCUUUUGAAAGCAUCCGCCUCAAGACAGGCCUACACCUGAAAGGGAUUUAUGAGAAUGAAGUCAAAGACCACCCUUUAGAAACCAAGGUCACUUAUUGCACUUUUUUGGAGUGGCAUGCUACUGGUAGCAAGUUCAUUGCCAUUGCAUGCGGUGGCUCCAUAUAUGCUUUAGUACUCAUCGCAGGCCUUGGUCUUAGAGGGUCCAUUGCAUCCAUGGUUGGAACCAUGCACUUACAUCCAGCAGACAUGCUACGAUCACCUCCAAGAGAUUCCCCUCAAAGGAAGCUGAUUCUUGAAUGCAUUAUACCCACCAUCGCACGCAUGUGA